CUUCAGUCCCUCUCUAGAUUUCUGACAAUACAGAGGAAGGCAGUGCAGAGCAGGGCAGAGCAGUGGAGCUGAGCUAAAUUUCUCUUUCUUUCUCUCUCUAAAUUUCUCUUUCUAGCUUUCUGCAUUUGGCUUUGGAGUUUGGAGAGCAGGAAAGAAAGGUUUUCUGAUUACGAGACCGUCUGUUUGUCUUCAGGGUCUCUGCCCUUUUCUUCUCUUUUUUUUUUUUUAUCCCUCUUGAUCUCGUUUUAAGCCUCCGUUUUAUGGGUUCCCGUCGCUGAUCAUUGGGUCACCAGCGCGCUUUUUCUUCGUUUGGGAGGUGGAGGGGUUGCUGUUCAUGGUGUUUUUUCGUCUUCUGCAUUUCCUCUGUUACGUCUGAAGGGUCUGUAUCUUUGCGAAUCAUAGCAGAAUUUUGCAGCUGAAAAGAAUGCUUAGGAGCUUUGUUGUUGCAAGGUUUUUCAGGAAUGGGACACAGGUGAAUUGUGAGAACAUUUGAAUCUGGUACCUUGCCAUCUGAGAUAACAGAAACCUCAGGACUUACCCAGUCUAUGGAACAUCAUUUGGAGCUCAAAAGUAUUUCAAGGAAUCAGCAAAUCUCGGGGAAAGCAGAGAAGAUCUUAUCACCUCAAGUGAGCCAAAGUAAAAAGGUGGGAGACAGGUUGAAAUCAGAGAAAUUUAACUUGUCUUAUGCCGAUCUUCAUCAUGAAAUAACAAAGAGUGUGGACAAUAUCCUGCCUAAAUCUUCAGGGAAUCACCUAAAGCAACGGGUUGAGGGUAAGGCAACUGAAGACGAAGAGCUUGUCAAGUACAUGUCAAAUCUGCCAAGUUAUCUGGAGAGGCGAGAAAACUUCCAGGAGAAAGCUUUGAGUUUUGGGGUCCUUGACUGGGGUCGUCUUGAAAAAUGGCAAUAUGACCAUAAACAGAUCCCCAACAAAAGUAGGAGACAUUCAUCAUCCAGUAGCAAUAGCUCCUCUCUUUUCUCAACAGAUGAAUCAUCCACCCAUUCUAGCGGAGGUCACAGUUGCUCUCCUACACGUCAAAGGAUUCGUCGCCCUACACUGCAAUCUCAUCUGAAAGCAUCUCCUGCAGAAGGCUUUUCUGAAGGUGUCAAAUUCUUUGGAGGAAAUGCUGGAAAGUUUCAAGAUCUUAAUGCCCCCAGUGGUACCCCCUUCAGUGGGCAGCAAAGGUUUAUCAAAACAAAUCAGUCUUCUUGCCAAACCCAAUCAGAAAUCAAGCUGGAAAAGUGCAAGAUAAAUAGUUCGGACCCGAAGGCCUCUGCAGAAAUGAGAACUUCAACAAAUUUGGAAAAUUGUGAGAUGGCUUCCUGCUCAAAGGGAAAGAUGAAAAUUCAAGAUGGUGAUUUUGCAGAGAGAAAGGAGGGCUCACAAGAACCAAAUCGUAUUAUUAUUUUCAAAGAGUGCCCCAAAAAAUACAGAACAGCAGUUGCCCAUUCGCCAAGAGAUCUCCCCAAGAAUGGUCAUUCGGGAUUAUCUCAGCUUCCUGGUUCAUCAGCUGCUCGAGGAUCAACAGAAGCACCCCGAAGAAGUUUUUCAGAGAGAUCUAACUCUACAAAGGUUCACUCUGCAAAGCUCUAUUCUGGCAUUCCACAUUCAUGCCCAUUGCCCUGUGAUGUUGAUAGUAGUAAGGCCUCACAGAUUAAACAACCAAGCUCCAUGGAUGUAGGGAGUAUCAAGUUUCCUUUUGAUGCAUCAGUGUGUCCAACAAAUCUGGUCAGAAGCAAAAAUCCAGAAGAAAAAAAACCAACUAUAGUGCCAACAAAUUCAACUGCAAGAGAACCUUCUGAGGGAUCAGAUCUGAAGAAAGGCACAGUUGCUGCUGCAAAAGUGAGAAACUCUUCUCCUACUCGUCGGUUUGGCAUCAGUAUGAGUAGGAUAAUCAGAAAUUCUAGCUCCAAAGAUGGUAUGGCUAUACCACCAUUGAGCUCUUCACGUGUUGAUACAAAAUCUGGUCCGGAUAGAGCUAUGGCUGCCUGCAUGGAUAGUUAUAGUGAUGGACAAAAUGCUACCAGCAGGGCCAGGUCCAGCCCUCUGAGAAGAUUACUCGACCCAUUACUGAAGCCAAAGGCAGGAAACAGCCAUCAGUUUCCUGAGCCUUUACAGAAGGAUUCAACAUCAAUUGAUAGGAGCUGCCUAUCAUCCAAAGAACAGUUAGAUUCUUCUAAUUCACGGUCAGGAAAAGUAAAAUUGGAUCUGAGCAGUUGUAGGACAAUCAAUGUCAAUGAUUCCUAUCGGAAUAAGAAGCAUGGGUCAUUGCCAGUGCAAGCUCUUCUACAAGUUGCAGUUAAGAAUGGUCUUCCUCUGUUUACAUUUGCAGUUGACGGUGACAAGGACAUUCUUGCUGCCACAAUGAGGAAGUCUACCAUAGGGAAGGAUGACUACAGCUGGAUCUACACAUUCUUCACCAUUAGUGAAGUCAAGAAAAAGAAUAGAAGCUGGAUAAAUCAAGGACAAAAAGGCAAAGGUCAUGGUUACAUCCCGAAUGUUGUUGCCCAGAUGAAGGUGUCUGAUUCUCAGUUUUCCAGUUUGACAAUAUGCAAUUCUACAAAGCAAUUCAGCCUGAGGGAAUUUGUUUUGUUUGCUGUCGACCUAAGACAGGCUGAUGAGCAAACAUCAAACAUCCAGCCAAAUGAUGAGCUUGCAGCGAUGGUUGUCAAGAUCCCAAAAGAGAACACUGGAAGUUCAAUUAAAGAUGAGCAGCAGAGCAGCUAUUUCAAUGAUUUAUCAGCGAGUGUUUCCAAUGGUAAUUCUCCCGAGGUGAAGUGUCAACCUGUUUGGGAGGAAAAUGUGCAGAAUCAGCCCUUUGCUGGAAGCCAAGACCAUUUUAUCACAAAAGUCAUUCUUCCAAGCGGUGUUCAUAGUCUACCCAAUAAAGGAGAACCUUCCCGGCUCCUUGAGAGAUGGAAAUCAGGUGGAUCAUGCGACUGUGGCGGUUGGGAUAUGGGUUGCAAACUGAGGGUUCUUGUCAACCAGAAUCAACACAGGAAGAAACCAAGCCCACCCACCACAGAUAGAUUUGAGCUUUUCUCACUGGAAGGAGUUGAAGCAGACGAGCCUAUAUUCAGCAUGUCCUCAUUCAAGGAUGGCAUCUAUUCAGCUGAAUUCAGUUCACCACUCUCACUUCUACAGGCAUUCUCCAUCUGUAUAGCAGUCUUGAACAGCCGGACGCAACCCUCAGAAAUGAGCAACCCUUCUGAAGAAAGAAGCGACGGCAUAAUAAAGGCUCCUAAUCAGGUCCAAGGAGAGGCUGCUGCACGCUAUGUCUCAUAUCCACCCCUUUCUCCAGUGGGGAGAGUCUAGAUUCACAGAAUGAAGCAUCUCAUAUAAUUAAACACAGGCUGUAAUUUUAUUUUAUAAGGCCUGUUAUAGUAUUAAUUGAAAGCUACCCCCAGACCAUAGCAACUUCGAACCCACUUCUUACAGAAGAGGCAAUGUCCUCUGUGCUUGGAAGAUAGUAUUUUCAUCAAUAUAAGCUUGUAUUCAUGAGUGAAUGGUACUCUGCAGUCUCAGUAAUUCAUGAAGCCUUAGAGCCAAA